AUGAAGUUCUCCGCCGCCGCCGUUGUCGCCGCCGCCGUUGCCGGUGUGUCUGCUGGCUACAGCAAUGUCACCUACACCACCGAGGUCGUCACCGCCCUGACCACCUACUGCCCUGAGCCCACUCAGAUCACCCACGGUGGCAAGACCUACACCAUCACCAAGGCCACCACCCUGACCAUCACGGACUGCCCCUGCACCGUCUCCAAGCCCGUCAUCACCUCCAAGAUUGUCGAGUGCAAGACCUGCAACCAGACCUCGCCCGUCGCGCCUCCCCCGGCUGUCACCACCCCCGUCGGUACCGGCUCCAUCAUCCCCCCCAAGCCGACCACCCCCCCGGUCGCUGCUGGCGCCGGCAAGGCCGCCCUCUCGGGCGCCGCCCUGCUGGCUGCCGUCGCCGCCAUCGCUCUGUAA